GAGUAUGGGGGUUCUUAGCUGGCACUAAGUCAAUAUAAAGAUGCGAUUUGCUAAAAACUACUAUUCUCAUGUCGCAUCUGCUAGUCAACGCCAUCAAAAUGAAGCAGGUUUUAGUUUUGUUUUGCUCCCUGUGGAUCCUCGCUCUGGCAAAACCACAAGGCAGUCCUGAUCAAAGCGCCACAAUUCUAAAAUACGACAAUGAGAACAUUGGAGUGGACGGCUACAAAUUCGAUUUCGAAACCAGCAACGGGAUCUCCAGAAACGAAGAGGGCACUUUGAAGAACGGAGGAAGCGAAAACGAAGCUAUCGAAGUCCACGGCAGUUACACGUACACAGAUCCAAAAACUAAUCAGAAAAUCACAGUCACCUUUGUUGCUGACGAAAACGGCUACAAACCACAGACGUCCAUCGCUUAGACUGCUACUAAAUCAGACCGACUAUGUACUAACAAAGACAGGAAAAAUAACGCCUCGUCUCAUUAGGGAAUAUUUUUAAGCGGACCACAUCUUCACCCAAUAUCUUUAAUUUAAUGUGUGAUAUCAUGUGCCUUAUACUGAUGAUUUCUUGUUUUUAUUAUUAUUAUUUUUUUUUAUUUUCGAUUGCGUGCAACUGCUCUUAAAAUAAAUUGGAUGUUGUUUUUCGAUUUUGCGUGUAUUUAAUUACGAAUUACUAUUACUAUUACUAUUA